CAGAGUUCUAGCAAUUAGUUCUAGAAUCAUUAUGAUGCAGUUAUGUGUCAUAAUCCAACAAUGCACAAAGUUCUGUGAGUGUCAUGGUGACCAUGGUAACAUUUAAAAGGGGAUGCCAAGAGCUUCAGAUCUUCAUUCUACAGCAGUCAGUCAAGAAGUAGGCUACAGAGCAGUGUUACAGAUACAGGGAAAGAAAGCCAAACAGCAAAAGACUCCAGUAUAGACCACAAGGCUUGGUGAUCCAACCAUGGCUAAAAGCUCUUUUAGGAUUCCACAUGUCCUCUCUGAAGGGCAGCUGGACCCCAACUUCCAGGAGGGGAGGCUGAGGAGGCCGACUCCUGACAAGAGAGAGCUGGACCAGUGGGUGAAGGAGCUGGAGAGAAAGGUGGCGAGGGACAGGAUGAGGGACGAGCUGCGGCACAUGAGAGAGGCUGUUCACAGAAGGAGCCAAGAGAUGUGGACAAGACGGUGGGAGUGGCAUAUCUAUCAGGAGACACAGAAGAAAAAGCAGAAAGAGAGACAAGGUGCCCAGCUGACAGGACUGGAGGAGAGGGGGAUGGAAAAGGGAAAAGCAGCGGAGGAAGAGAGACAUCGAAGAGAGAUGGAAGAGAAAGUGAGAGACUGGGAGAAACUCUUGAGAGAGAAAAUAAUGGAGGAAGAGAUGGCAAUAAGGGAGAUGGAAGAAAAAGCAAGAGAGCAGGAGAGAAUGUUGAAAGAAAAAGUGAAAGAGUGUGAGACAAUGUUGAAAGAAAAAGUGAAGGAGAAAGAAAGACAGCUGAGGGAGAUGAUGGAGAGAGUGAGAGAGAAAGAGAGAAAGCUCAGGGAAGAAGCGAAGGAGGAAGAAAGACGCAUAAGAGACAUGGAAGAAAAGGUGAGAGAGCAAGAGAGAAUGUUGAAAGAAAAAGUGGAGGAUGAAAGACAGAUGAGGGAGAUGGAAGAAAAAGUGAAAGAGUGUGAGAGAAUGUUGAGAGCAAAAGCAAAGGAUGCAGAAAGAGGGAUGAGGGAGAUGGCAGAGCAAUUGAGGGAGAAAGAGGGAAUGCUAAGAGAGAUGGUGCGAAAGCAGGAAAGAAGGAUGAGAGAACCAAAAGAAUUCAUGGCCAAACUGAGAGAGACUGUAAAGAGGAAAGAGAUGGAGGUGCAGAAAGAGGAGGAAGGGAUGAGAACGCUGGAAGAGAGAGUGAAAGAGCAGCAGAGCAUGAUGAGAGAAAUGCAGAAAACAGCAAAGGACGAGGAAAUACAAAUGAGAGAGAUGGAUGAAAAAGCCAGCGAGCAGAACGGAAUUUUGAGAGAGCUGGAGAAAACAGCGAAGGACCAGGAAAGAAAAAUUAGAGACAUGAAAGAGAAUAUCGGGAGAGAAUUUUGAGAGAGGCUGAGAGAAAAGUGAAGGAGGAAGAACAACAGAUUAAAGAGAUGGAAGCAGAAGUGAGAGCAUGUAAAAGAAUGUUGAGAGAAAAACGGAAGGAGAAAAAGAGACAGACGAGGGAGAUGGUAGAGAAAGCAAGAGAGCAGGAGAGAAUUCAUCUUGAGAUCGAGAAAAAAACAAAGGAGGAAGAAAAAGGAAUGAAGGAGAUGGUAGAGAAAGCGAGAGAGCAGGAGCAAAUGCACAGAGAAAUGGAGAAAAAAGCAAAGGAGGAAGAAAAACUAAUGAAGAGCAAGAGACGAGAAGAAAUAGCAAAGCUUAAAGAGGAGAUGUUGUUGGCGGUCAAAAGGAUACAAGCAGAAGAAACUGAAGAGAGAAAGAGAAAUGAGGAAAAGGCAAAGGUGAGAGAGGAGGAGAGAAAGAAAAGAGAGGAGGAAAAAGAGGCAAAGGUGAGAGAGGAGGAGAGAAAGAAGAGAGAGAGGGAACAAAGAGCAAGAGAGCAGGAAAAACUCAGAAAUAAGUGGAAGGCAAAAGCUGAAGAAGAAGAAAGGAAAAGGAGAAAUAUGGAAGAGGAGCGACAGAGAAAUCAGAGGAGAGGUCAGAGGUCAGUCUGGGAAAGAGCCAGGGAAAUGUUUGACGAUUUCUAUUUUUUUUUGGUAGAAACAUAUUUACUGUACAGGAAGGAGAAAUAUGAGAGAGAGAGAUCGAAGUAAAAGUGAGAGAAGGAGAAAAUGUUGAGAGAAAAAGUGAGGGGAGAAGGAAGACGGUUGAGAGAGGCAGAAGAAAAAGUGAAUAAUGAGAGAAAUGAAGAAAAAAAGGGGGUGGAGGAAAGAACAUGAGACAUGGAAGAGAAAGCGAGAGAUUAGGAGAGAAUUACAAAACAACAGGAAGAACAACAGAUAAAAGAGAUGUGAGGAGAAAUGAGAGAAUGUUGAGAGAAACACUGAAGGAGGAGAAGGAAGCACUUAAGACAAGAAGAAAUGGCAAAGCUUAAAGAGCAGAUCUUAUUGGACGUCCAAAGGAUAGAAGCACUAAUAACUGACGAGAGAAAGAGAGAGGAGCGAAAGGAGGCAAAGGUGAGAGAGGAGGAGAGAAAGAAGAGAGAGAUGGAACAAAAAGCAAGAGAGCAGGAAAAAAUCUGAAAUAAGAUGAAGGCAAAAGCUGAAGAAGAGGAAA